AUGAUGCAGGUGCACAAUCAAGGCACCCAGGUUAUCCGCGCCAUCACCACACCGAACACCUAUAUUGAUAUUCAGGAAAAAAAACGUGUCCAUGCGCCACGGUUCGAUGCCGUCCGCAUGAUGCGGUUCCGCUGCUCCGGUGCCGCUGCUCCGGAGCCGCUUCUCCGGUGCCGCUGUGGCCAGUCCUAGCACGACCAGACUCGACCCGAUCCGCUUCGUACACGCUCUCGUUUUUGUCCUUCCCAGUCGGUUCCUCGCUUUCUCCCUCGUUGCAUUUAGGGUUCUUGGUCUGAAAGUUCUCGCGCCGAAGGGUCAACCAGCCCAAUCAGAUCGUCACCACCUGUCCCCUCCUCCUUUGAUGGCAAAACCGGGUUACUGAGACAGUACAGCUCCCUCUAGCAAACCUAGAGCCGUGUACAUAGUGCCCGUCCACCUUUCUGAUGGUGUCUGCCUCUGCGCACAAAGAUGGG